UCCCUGCAGAAGGUGCGCGGCUGCGCGCCCGCGGGAGGGGCCGAUAGAAAAUGGCGAGUCUGUGCAGAAGGCAGCAAUGCACGAUCGAGAGGCGCGGCUUUCGGCAGGAACUUGACUCGUGGCGGCAUAAACUCAUUCACUGUGUAGGGUUUGAAAGCAUUCUGGAGGGGCUGUUUGGACCAGGACUAGUUAAAGAUCUUACCCUCUUUCAAGAUUGUGAGCCAGAGGGAGUGUCCGAUUGGUCAUUUAAUGAAAAUUGUCUAUUUUGCUGCUUAAGACGUGAAAAAGUGAAGGAGAACUUUGGUUUGAACAACCAAGUGUUAUCAGAAACUGACAGCUUCAAGCAAGAGGAGUCCAAUAUUAACAAGCUUGAGAAGCAAGCAGAGGACUUCCUCAAUGUUGUCUUCUACAGAAAGGCAGACCUCCCAAGAUUUACAGACCCCCACAUUCCUCUAGUGGCUCGUGAGAUCAUGCAGCGAAUGAUCCGACAAUUCGCUGCGGAAUAUACCUCAAAAACCAGCUCAACUCAGGACGUACCCAAUCCCCAGUCCCAGCCCAACGGCACCAAGGACCAAAGCCUGCCGAAAGCGCCCUCGCUGGAGCCGGACGCCUCCACACCCGCUCCCGUCUGUGGCGGCGCCGGUACCGGCCCAGCUGCCUCCGCACAGAAUCCCGUCCUCAGCAAGCUUCUCAUGGCAGACCAAGACUCCCCGCUGGACCUCACCAUCAAGAAACCAGAGACCGAACCCAGCGAACAAGAUGGAGUCCUUGACCUCUCAACUAAGAAGAACCACAGUCAUGGUAGUGUCUCACUUAAAAGCUCUCAUGGUUUCUCAAUCGUGCCCACAAUUAAGGGGCGUUCCCAGAGAGCUGAUCACAACUAUCGGGAUGUUGAUGAUGAAGAUGGCUUGCCACCGAGAAGCUUGCAUGAUGGAAUAAGGGAGAAUUGUAUUAGUUCCGGAUCCCUUAAACCACCAUUGGCCCGCUCGCUCCUCAUUAAAGAGGAACUGCUGAGCCAGAAACACCGUCUUAUUGGCCAACCAACUGCUCUUUCACUGGCUAGCCUUGAGUCUGUAGGUCUCCUCAACAGCCAAGCCCAGUCCCUUCUUUCACGUGAUGGAACCUGGGGAAAAUCCCAUUUGGAUGGCCUCCUGAAGCUUAAACAAGUUAGCGGGAACCUUAGUGACCUAAACGACCUGCCUCAUUUCCAGGAGAACCAUGGUGUGUUCACCAAAGGCACAAAAUCCAUUGAUGUCGGUUCCAUCACGGUAAAGAAAGAACCGGGGCAUUCCCCUCCGGUGGACUUGAAGAUUCCGCAAGUUCGAAGCAUGGACCUGUCAUGGGAAUCCCAUGGGAAUUCCUCGGAUCUCUACAGUUACGGCUCCAUCGCUAUGGGCAAUGUGCACUCGGAAAACGCGCUCAGCAGGAAGCUGAGAGCCAUCUUGCCAAAGCAGAAUCGUAGAGCCCUUGGAGGUCUCCUUGAUGGAGGGGCCAUAGGUGAGUACUGGGGCGCAGAUAUCGAACAACCAAGUUUGGGUCCCCAGUACCCGACAUCAGAUCCCGAGGGAGAUCCAACAGGUUCCAAGCAACCCCGAAAGAAAAGGGGAAGGUAUCGCCAGUACAAUACCGAGAUACUAGAAGAAGCCAUUGCUGUGGUGAUGGGUGGGAAGAUGAGCGUUUCGAAGGCGCAAAACAUCUACGGUAUUCCCCACAGUACCUUGGAGUACAAGGUGAAAGAGAGGAUGGGCACAUUGAAGAACCCACCAAAGAAAAAGCUUAAACUGAUGAUGAGGGCCGAGGGGCAGGACUCCGGGAUCACAGCCGAAACCGAAACCACAUCGACGCCCGCUACCACACCCAUUGCGACAAAAGUGGAUGUCUUUCAGGCGACAGGAGACAAAGUCGAGUAGAUUACACAGAACACCUCAUAAACUGGAAGCGUUGACAAAAAAACUAUAAUGAUUUGGAAUUAAGGAUGGGGCUUUAAUUGUGCCAAUUUACUUGCAGUAUCUGGGUGAGCACAACUGCAGGAAUACAUGGGAGGAUUUAAGCGUGACAACUUGGGAUAAAAAAACGAAUUGGCAGUUAUCUUAGUGGUCACGUUGACACCGCAUUUGUUGAAGUUUUUUACAAAACAUUAAGCAACAAAUGCGUACAAAAGCCAUAAGAGAGUCAUGACAGAGACAUUUUAUUAGAGAAAGCAAGCAGAUAAACCCUUCAUUCGCCCCUUCAUCUGAACUUUUUGAGCUGCACCAUUAGUGCUUUGGACGGCAUGCAAUUUUGAGAAAUGAGAAGUGGGGUUUGGAGGGUACCUUGCUUGCGAUGAUUUGACCCUUCACAAUCUUCUUUGAUUGGUUCAUGAAAUAAGUCUUUAAACUAAUUUAGUUCAAAUGGAUUUGACAAGGAUUCUCACCAGGGAUCUUUCGCUAGGGCCCCGUUUUUCUAUUAACAGGUAAAAAAAAUUUAUUUCAACUCUCCAUCGUUUCCUCCUUUUAUAUUCAGCGCCAUUGAUACAGACUAAGAAUUAGACUUGUCCAUUUAAAAAAAAAGAGAGAGAGAUGAAGCUUAUGAUUAGUCAUUCAGGGAUGCAUGUUUGUGAUGUUUAAAAAACGUUUUUUUUACGUUUCUGUAACUAAACUUUCUUUAACUCUAGCGCUUUCUUUUGCACUACACUUUCAGUCUGGCGCUCGCCAGAGCCUAAAUCUGGCAAUUAGACCUGAUUACCUCGACAUUGCUUGCAUUACACCAUUACUGUUCUGUCUGGCAUACCACAUAAUACUCAUUCUACAAUACCUUUUUUUCUCUUGGCGAGAGUCUCUUUCUCUCUCUCGUGAAUGGAUUUCUACACCCGUGAAGGGACAAUGCCGACUUGAACCACGCAGAACAGGAAGGUGUUUUCAAUUCACAUCUUUCUACUUAAAUUAUUAGAGGGAGGGCGCCUACAGUCAAUUUCGGGCUGUUUUUCGCCAUUCCCUCAUCGCUGCUUAUAGUCAGUCACUGACGUGUAUAUUUAUAAAAAGAAGAGCAUUUUUGCCGAGGGUUGGUUUCGGGGAGGGUUGGGUGGGGGUAAAUAUAUAGGGUAGGGUAGGGUUAUGACUAUAUUAUAAAAUUAGCAUACAGAGAGCAGAGAGCCAAUUCUUGUCUCUGAAUAGUUUUUUCCUCAUGUAAAACUCAGGGCAACUGAGACAAAUAUAGCGAUCAUGUUUUUAGAGAAACAAUGCAGACCUUACUUGAAGUGGAACCUGUGACCCGUCCUCAUUCAGUGAGUUGGGUCAGAGGCAGGGCUUUAUACCGGGCGUAAGUUGGGUAGAGCUGAGCCAUGGAUUGUGGAUAUUGGUGGGAUUUUAUCAUUCGAAACAGCCAGUUGGGACCUCUCGAAAAAUAGCACUUUGGUUUAAAAUAAAGCGAUUACGUUUGGAUGCGUUUCAAAGUAGCUUUUGCAGUAGCAGACAAGAUCAAACGGGAAAUGUUUUGACACCUCCCACCGUCCUGCAGCUUAGACCCCAACAUGCUCCCCAAAUUUUUGUUUAUUUUUCACUGAAAAAAAAUUACCUCUUCAAUAAUGCAGUGGUUGACAGCUUGAAUUCCCAAAUUUGUCUGUUGUUGCCAUCACUGUCUAUUUUCAUAUCGCCCCUUUUCCAAUAUAAACUGUGUCGUUUAAUGUAUAUAAAAAGGAAGGCUUUUGAAAUGGCAUGCUCUACUUUGAUGUUGUUCGAAGGGCAUUCUGGUCUAUCACUGCCUGGUGCUCACCCAGUCUGUGACAAAACUGAUGUUUCAAACUUCAGGGUUUCUGACGAAACUGUUGUAAAACACUAAUGUAAUGUACCUCUUUAUUUAUUUGAUUAUUUAAUUUGAAUCAUCACUGUAAAUGGCAUGCACCAGUUUAGUGGAGGCUGAAAAAGUAUUUAAUUAAAUAUUCAAAUCUGACACUUGGUGGCGUACUAUAACUCCCACCUUCCCGGUAGCAUUUGGCGAUAUCCUACAUCAAUUAUUGCUUUAUAUUACAUAUACGAGUAAACAAAUUAUUUCAAUAAUUUUAAAGGGGACAUGCAAUGAAAAUUUGACUCUUUCAAUGUUUAAAUGGGUCCUCAGUGCUUUUCAGUCCUUCCAGAAAAACACUGAGUUUUUUUGUGAUUGUUGCGAGCAAAAAUCCUUGAUCUUGCGGCGCGUUUUCUUAAAAAAAUGCGAUGGAAAAUGCUGGAUUUAUGCGAUGAAUUUGCAGGAACUUGCAAAAACUGUUUGCAGCUUUUGCAGCUUUUCAUUGAAGUUCACGUCGCCUAAUUAGGUCACUUCCUAACAUUCCCAUGACAACAGGGGACAUUGCUGCGAUUGUGUGAAGUUAAAUGCAAAAUUUUUCAACUUUCUGCUAAGAUAUAUAUGACUUUUGCUAUGAAAAUGCAAGGAUUAUGAAAUCAUGCAAGCCCGCAUAUUUUUCAAGCAGAAAUCUGCAAUUAAUGCGGCGAAAGUGCGGCGUAUUUAAAAAAAAUACGGCCCCCCACACUGAAAAAAAUUAUUCAUUCAAUUUACUCAAUUUUUUAAGGUAAGUGGUUGCAAUCAAUUUACUUAAGCUACAUUUAAACAAAAAAAUUAGAAAGGCAAAACAAAACAAAAAACUUUUGUUUAAAUGUAGCUUAAUUAAAUUGAUUGCAACCACUUACCUUAAAAAAUUGAGUAAAUUGAAUGAAUCCUUUUUCAGUGCAUAAAUAUGUGGACUUUGGCUGAUUGCGAUCACAUAAUUGCGUUUUUCUGGAGGGACUGGGUUCUGUCAUCCUAGAAAAUGUGAAUAAGAUCAACCCAGUAACUUAGUUUUGGUAAACCAUUCUCAACAAGCAUGUGAAAAAAUAAGAAAUUUGGCUCCCCUGGUGAUGUCAGAAGGGGAUAAUACCGCCCCUUACUCUCCACUAUCCAACCACGCCACUGCCAUUUAGUGCAGAGACACACCCAAAACGGCACAUUUUUGCUCACACCUACAGUGACAAUUUUAACAUGCUAUAAUAAAUUAUCUUUAUGAUAUUUUGAGCUAAAACUUCACAUACGUACUCUCUGGGGACGCCAGUGAUUUAUUUGACAUCUUAAAAAAGUCUUAAGAAAUGUCCCCUUUAAGUUAUUGAAUUUUUCAAAUAAGAUAUUUCUUAAUUAAUAGUUAUUCGAUUGUUUAUAUAAAAGCAGAUUUUUUGGAAAUUCAUAUCAAUUUUAAUUGCAUACUACUUGUACAAUUAAUUACAAAUUAAAAGAAGAAUUUUUAAUAUUUAGCUUUUUAUUAAUAUUUUGACAAUGGAGAAUUCUCUUGUGUACAAUUUGGCAUUAAAUGCACCAACACUUUAUCAAUGCUGAGCGUUUGAAGUGUCUAAUUAGAUUUAAACAAUCAAUAUACUCUAUUUAUCAAUCAAUGUGAAUUGAAAUACUACUGACUUAUCCCCAUUAGUAAAUUACUAGUAGUAAAUCAUAGCAACAACUAGAUUGGUACAACUAGUAUUUUCCCCUAUAAUUGGCACUUAUGAAUUGUUGCACUGACGUCCAUGACUGGAGCACUUAAAUCUUUGGGCUCUUGAAGUUGAAACAAUCACCUCUCCUGUAAUCUUGUGGUUGCUGCAACCUUAUUUAUCAACAGCGGUCCGAAUAACUACGGUGCAUGCCAUUUCAACAUAUUUAUUUGAUUUGACGUUAACGAUUAAUGUAUUUUAUCACCGGGUUAACAGCUCCCCCUGUCCGAAAAAGAUUUCUCCUCUCGAAAUGAAACCUACUCAAUGAAUGUACCGAAUAGUUGUUUGAAAAACACAGCACUUUCAUACAGCAUUUCAUCCUAUAAACAAGACUGUUUUGGUUUAUUCUCUUGCUGCUGCCGUUUUCGUUCGUUUGUUUUUCUGAAACGUACACCUCCUAGCCUUCAGUACUUUCGUAUCUCAGGAUAGAUAGAUAGAUUCCGCAGAAGGGUCCGCGAUGCAGACAUAACUACCUGUACAAGAUGUGCAGAGAUGUGUUGUAGUAACUACAAUCUUCGCACAAUAUACCUCAUCUUCUGUAAUAAACGUACCUUUCUGUGCCACACAAAUACCGUUCAGGGGCACACGAGAAAGGAGCGGUUGAACUCUGGGAAAUUUUCCUCUUUCUUACCAUCGUUUUCAUCUUCUGUGAGACGGGCGGCCUGGCCGAUAUUUAUCAUUCACAUACUUUUUCGCCAAUAACGUCACCUUGUAACGUUCCUCAAGAGAAGGCUGUAGGCGAGACGAUAACCUGAUUUCUAUACACCGGUUUUAACCGUCACGGUUGUUUACGUAAAAUGGAGAUCUGAAGGGGAGAAUAUGGGGCAGGUGGAAAUGUUAACCUUCUGUUGUCUUUGUGUGAUCUCUGUACACUUGUUUUUAAACUGCAUUCCAAAAAUUUCAACAAAAUAUACCUUUAUAUGGAAGAAAAGUCUAUACAUAUACAAAUGAAUAUAUAUAUAUAUAAUAUUUAUUUUACUGUUCAUCCUUUUGUUUUUGUUUUUUUUCUGGAUGAUAUUGAAAUGCUACAAAGAAAUCAGACAGCUAUAACCUCAGUUUGUGUACAAUAUGAUGUGCCAUUUAUUUUGUCUCAAUUUUCUUCUUUGCUUGGAUAGGCUUUUUGUUUAUUUGGAUGCGUUUUUGACCUUCACUGCAUAUCCACAUAACAUCAUUACCUCAGGUGAGAUCUCUCCAGAGCAGCUGACUGUACAUUUAGCUGUAGAAAUCAAGACCUUUUCUUGACUUUUACACGCAUUUCCAAAACACAACUAUUACUACUUUAAGGAAGCAGUUUUUAAAUAACACUGUAACUGUAGUCCUGUUUUUUUUUCUUUUUUGUCGUAUUUAAAAAAAAUAACAUACAGUAUAAACCUUAGCUUAACUAAACCACGGGUCUCUUUUUAAACGCAACUAUUGACAUUAGCACACAAAUAUAGAGAUACGACACUUGCACGUUAGCACACGCUCCAAACACAACAAUAUCAUGUGGGUGGGCUAUCUACUUUAUUAUCAGGGUAUUGGUUUGAUAGCUCCUUAACUAAAAACGAGUUGCUUGUGAAGGUUUGGGCAUGUAUGGAAAUAUAGGCACUCCAAAAUUAAACAUUACAUUUCUUUUUCGUUGUUGUCGUAACUUGCUCCAAUUGCAAUUGCAUGUUUUCAAAGCGUUAGAGAAUCUAAAUCAUUGCAUUCAAGUUGUCCUACUACAUUUCAAGUUUAUUUUAUAACUUUUAACAUGCUAAUCCAAUAUUAAUAGGCACACCUUUAUUCAGUGACAAACUUUUGGGACCUUGUAUGAAUCUGCUUUACGUUAUGUUCGCUAUAAAUUAGUAAAAUGGGUUUGUCGGCACACACUUGGUCUAUACAGUAGAUGCCCGUUGUUUUGUCAAUCUAUGCACUUGAGAGAGUACCAUUGCACCAUGAAUGUUUUCUGUAUUUGUGAUUUUGUUAGUGUUUAAAGGUGUGUUUUGUUCCUAUUAGAAAACUUCAUGGCACAAUAGUUGUAAUAUUUUAUUCGAUUUAGUUGUCUAUCAUUUGCAGCAUAUAGCUUAAAAUAGCUGUUGUCAUGGUACUCGCAUCACACGCCAUGGUAAAAGACAUAUUUUGAAUGUAAGCUCCCAGAGAAACGUGUCUUGGGAAAUAUUGUUAGAAUAUGCAGUUUUAACGUAUAAAAAAAUCACUAUGAUACUAUAUACAUAAGUAUAUAUAUAUUGCGGUUUCAUCUGGAGUGCCUGUUUUGCGGCAUUCAAUCGCCACUUACAAUUCGAAUCACGGCAGUAAUCCAUGAAGCGAAAAUACUUACUGUAAUUCAUAACAAUCGAGAAUCAUUUACCAAGGUGACUUACAAUCGAGAGCACAUUUUUCGAUAUACUUCUCUGGAAAUUAGCAUACAAAUGGUUAAAUUUUUGUAAAGUACAGUAUUUUAAAUGCUGAAAGAAUUACACGAGUGAUGGAUAUAAGCGAAACUGUGAAUCAUAUGGAAGAGAGCCAUGAAAAAUCAACAUCCGACCACUGCGUCCAUUGUCUUAAUAAGUGAAGACUCAUCUCUUGCUUAGUUGUUUAGUUCGAGGUCGAACAGAGCUGUGUGGAAGUGGGCUUCAUCAAAUGACCAACGUUCUGCUCAAGAACUUGAGAGCUUUUGGUUAUAAAAGGGCUCAUGUGUUGCCAUGACAAUCUUGCAGGAUCAUUCACUUAAUAAAGGUGUGCCUAUUCUAAUUCUUUCAUUUGCGCAAAAACAUUUUCCCUUUAUUUUAUAGCUUUAUACAGUGUUGUGCAUUCUUUAGGAUCAGGAUUUAUAUUUCUACUUUUUUAUUGCUUUUAUCUUUUUGUAACAUUCCUUUGUCGGAGGAGAGAAUAACAGAUGGAGGUUAUAUUUCCAAACAAGCGUCCUCUUUUUUCGUACUCGGUUUCUUCCUACUUUGCUCAUCCCUAUAGCUCGUUGACAUUGCGUUGAUUUUGACCAAAUCCAGAUAAUGCCAUCCAUGACUGUUUCAACCCUGCAAUCCAUUGAGUUGUGCAGGAUCAGACUUGUUAGUUUUGCUACCUCAACUUGCAAAUAGUUUUGACAUACAGUAGAAGCCCUUUGGUAGUGAAGCAAAAACGACUUGGAUUUCGAGGGACUGACAGGCCUUAAUGGCUCUGUCAGGUUGUGGGAAUGUAAUGAUGGUUUUACCGGCAUACCUGCUGGAAUCCGUAUGUAGCAUUUCAGAUGCAGGGAUAACACUGGCUCAUCAUCCAGAAGAUCGUCAAGGUCCCAAUCUGUUGGAAAGCAGUUAAAUAUACAUUCCACAUUAACAUGUUUUUUGGAUGUAAGGAUAAAGUUGUUGGAGAUACUCGCUUGCAUCUUUAAGACCAGUGUUUGGGAAAAAUUCAGGUUGACCACUAAUCCCCUUUAGGUCCUCGUCCAGUUCAAACCGCCCCCAACAAACAGCAAAUCUUUGGGUUUUGUAAAUCGCCAUGCAAACCUCUCUGGUAUUUGUUGGGGGGGUGCGAAAAUGACUGUUGUGUUUCCCAAGAUCCUAAAUCCGACAGCCAACUCUAGAAUGUUUGAAAUGUUGGCAUUUGUUGGGACGGUGUGAACCGGCCUUUAGGUUGGAAACGUUGUAAUGUACAUUUGUGUAAUCGUUUCGAAUAUAGUAUAGUUUGUGCCCUUGAAAUACAAGCCAAAUCAAGUUUGUGGGCAAAGUAUCUUUGUUUUGCGAGAAAUUAAGUUUGCAUUCAUACAUCUAGGACAGGCAUCUUAUCUGUUGAUGAAGUUUUCCAUGUUAGACUCCAUCUAAGCUUUCCGGAGCAAAAAUGCCUUUUGCUAUCUGUUCAGUUGUGUUAAUAUUUCAAGUACUUUUUAAACGUUUUUGUAAAUUCUGAAAAUAGGUUCUUAACGUUGUAAAGUUUCGGCAUUCAGUGUAGUAUAAUGAUUGGAUACCGGUCUCCCGUACCCCUUCAGGUUAAUGCAUGACUUUGAGAGUGGAAUGAAUUAAUCUCGGCUAAAGAUUGGCUAAAGAUUUUUCUAUAUUUCUUAAUACUGUUGUUAUUGUGAUUUAUUAAAAAUAAAAAUAAAAACAUGAAUACGUUCGCUUUGAUCUCCAUACUUUCACCAGGAGUUAACGCAAGUAUGUGGUUUUGGAGAGGAAUAUUCAAGGAUGACUUUAAUAUCCCCCUAACUUUAUCCCCCCACUACAGUGGUUCAAAAAACAUCUUUGGUGUAAUUAUUUUGCAAUAUUAAACAAUGAGUCAAGCAAGGCAAUACUUACGAUUUAAGUCCCCUUAACUGAGUUUACUGGCCUAGACCCAUAGUAGUGGGUCACCUAACAGCCAAACAGCUCUACGUCUUUUUCGAACUUGAAAAGAUUCAGCCAAAUACUCUUAGUUCAGUGCUUUAUGAGCAGCAAGGAUUGUAAAGUACAAAUUACCCGGGGAAACAAAAAUGGACGCUUAAACUUAAGUUCUUUGGUUUGGACCUACAAAUCCGCAAAGACUAUUACUUUUGUUUCCUCAGUCUGUACGACGUGUGAUGAUGUGUUUUAACUUUAAGAAAAAACCUUACAACGCAAAAUACCUCAGAUAAUAUAUCCAUGUAAAUCUUGACAGCCUCCACAUGUAGAUAUAGCCCAGUUCACUGCCUCCCCACCCUCAUCUACGUGGUCAAGAGGGCCACGCUUGUCUUGUUUUCGAUGACGUCAAUGCCUGUUGUACACUGUGGAGGUUUUUCUUGUCAUAUUUGUUAUUAAUGAAACCAUUACUUCAUUAAUCAAUAAUUUGUGUGCUUGAUAACGUUAAUGAUUAUUUUUGCAUCACUAGUGUCGACAUACAGAACGUCAAAAACGUAGAUUGUUAUCGAACUGACUUUUCUGAACACACUCACCAUUCGGUUAUAUGGUUCUCGAACUCACGCCAUUGGUUGAGGCCGUGUUGCCCGAACAGAGCAAUGUAACAACAAUAACGGGAGUCAACCUAGUUGUCUUGUAGUUGUGCAUAUUAAGCUAGGAAAGGCGAGAAGUAUUUUCAAGGUUUAAGAAAUGACUCGCUGCAACUGGCCUGAUAUUGACAUAGCAUUGCAACAACAAAACAUGUUUUAGUAGCAGAUGACAUGAUUUUUUAGUAAAAGUUGAUGUUGAGUGGAGCUAUUAAAGGGACUCUCCACUUUUUUUGAAAAUAUACGUUUUGGAAUCAAUUCAGUAGAUCUCCGGCUCUGGCGGUGUCACUUUUAGCAUAGCUUAGCAUAAUCCAUUGAAUCU